AAAGACAAAUAGGAGCCACCUGGGUUAAGCGUUAAGCGGCGUAAUAUGAUUACGCUGUGUACGCGCCUCCGACGAGCGUGACGUAUUUAGAGAAGAGAUUCAGCGAGCGAGGAGACGAGAAACUAGAAAGAAACAACGAGAUUUUGUCUUCUCUCUCUCUCUCUUGGAGUAAGAACAUCAAUGGCGUCGAAGGACAAGAAAGCAUCGAAACCCUCGACCAGUCGAGCUGGCAGGAUCCGUACUCUCUCCGAUCUUAACCGCCCAUCCGCCGAUUCCGACAGCGACUCCGAUGACCCUCAGGAGUAUUACACCGGCGGCGAGAAAAGUGGAAUGCUUGUCCAGGAUCCUUCAAAAGGCAAUGAUGUGGAUGCAAUUUUCAAUCAAGCAAGGCAACUUGGAGCUGUAGAAAGGCCUAUUGAUCAACUUCAGGAGCCACCCAGGUCAACAAGCUUUACUGGAACUGGUAGGUUACUCUCAGGCGAAACAGUGUCUGCUCCUCAGCAACCUGAGGCUGUUGUCCACAACAUUGUUUUUUGGACUAAUGGUUUCACUGUAAAUGAUGGACCCUUGAGGAGUUUGGAUGAUCCUGAAAAUGCCUCAUUUUUAGAGAGCAUAAAAAAAUCUGAAUGUCCGAAAGAACUAGAACCUGCAGAUAGGAGGUCAUCUGUUAAUGUUAACCUCAUAAGGAGGAAUGAGAAGUAUCCUGAACCUGAAAAGUGCCAUGUUCCAUUUCAAGGUGUGGGAAGAACUCUAGGAAGCAGCUCUACUUCAGGAGCACCUGAGCCAACUGAUUCCUCUACACCUCCAAACACUGCUCCAAAUCCUUCUGCUGGCCUGGUGGUGGAUCAAUCAUUACCAUCAACCUCAAUACAGCUUAGGUUAGCUGAUGGAACCCGCUUGAUAUCACAUUUUAAUUAUCACCAUACGGUCGGUGACGUCCGAGCCUUCAUUAAUGCAUCUAGACCUGGCGGUGCGGGGAAUUAUCAACUUCAGAUGAUGGGUUUUCCCCCAAAGCUUCUCUCUGAUGAAACUCAAACUAUAGAGCAGGCGGGACUGGCAAAUUCAGUUGUCAUCCAGAAGUUCUAGCAAGCUGCACAAAGACUUUUUGCUUUGUGGUCUUAACUAUAGCUUAAAUGCUCUGUAUUGAAGUGAACCAGUUUUUCCUGCUUAAAAACCUGACGGGGUUUUCCAUAGUGACAGUUUUAAUGAGAGCGUUUGGACGUGAUCCUGUUGUUGGCAAAAACAAAAAGGAAAGGGGUUCCGGGUUCUUAUUUUCUUCUUGUUGCUGAAGUUUUAUCAAGGAAAGUUGUUCUUCCUACCAGUUGGGCCUAUUGGCUAAAUUUGAAAUGUAUUGAAUGAAUACAAAUGAAAUGUUGGAAAGUUCACAGACUUGUCAGUUUUUGAAUGUCUACUGAGCGUGGAUGUGCUUCGUAUAAACUAAGCUGCACCUUAUCAGUAAUUGCGCUGCAUGUAUAUCAUAUUAUACCUCAAAAUUGU